UAUUUAUCAUGGGUAAUCUGAGUCCUGAUGAGUCCAUGCAUUCUUCCAGUGGCAAAAAAACCCUGCAUGCAUUAUGGGGCCUAAUGGUAGUCGUGUCUGUUAUUAUAUAUGGCUCCCAUGCACCUCUUAUAUUUAAGUGCAAAGUGAACGGAGAGAUUCCCUUCAGUUCAUCAGCUGUUGUACUUCUAAUUGAGUUCACUAAACUCAUAAUGUCCAUUGCGCUUCUCCUGGUUUGGGAUCAAAGAUCAUUGGAUAUGCCUGUUACAUGGCGUUUAGUUGCUCCUUACGCUUUGCCUGCCAUACUUUAUUGUGUGAACAACAACUUAGUGGUGCACAUGCAACACUUUAUGGAUCCCAGCACUUUUCAAGUCUUGAGUAACCUAAAAAUUGUCAGCACUGCAUUCUUGUAUAGCUUCUUCUUGCACAAAAAGCUGUCCUUCAAGAAGUGGCUGGCCCUCCUCCUGCUCAUGGCUGCCGGGGUAUUUUAUAGUUACGGUGGCAUUCAAGAAGUCGAAACGGUGUCUUCAUUAAAUCAUCUGUACGUCACGUUACCAGGGCUUCUGUUAAUGCUUCUCUACUGCUUUAUAUCUGGACUUUCUGCCAUCUAUACAGAGGUUACUCUAAAGACACAGACCCUACCACUUAACAUGCAGAACAUUUUCUUAUACUCAUUUGGCAUCGUGGCAAACCUAGCGGCUCACUUUAGCAGCCGUCACAGCAGUGGCUUUUUUGAUGGCUUUUCCAUUUGGGUGUUGGUGAUCAUUGGCAGUCAAGCUCUCAAUGGCCUCAUCAUGUCUGCCAUUAUGAAACACAGCAGCAACAUUACCAGGCUCUUCGUAAUUUCAUUCUCCAUGCUUGUAAACGGACUUUUGUCUUUUGUCCUUUUGCAGCUGCAGCUGACUGUUCUCUUUUUUGUGGCUGUCGCUCUCAUUGGUAUUGCAGUCUACUUGUAUUAUGGUGCCAAGUGAAACUGUGUCAUAGAUGGAGCUUGAAAUCUGCUGGUCCUGUGAUUGUUUCCCUGAAGUGCCACGUCUGUUUUGACUGACUUGCAUGAAUAUUAAUUUGAACGUUAGGAAUUCAGAUAAGAUUCUACCUCUUGCACACUGACCUGCGCUGAAAGCUAUAAAGCAAAACCUGUUAACCAAUGGCUUGUGAAUUUUGUGCUUAGGGACCAUUGUUUUGUUUCAUCUCAGAUCAUCUUCCUGUGCGUUUAACACAUGCACACAUCUUCUCGCACAACAUUUUUGGUUAGUAGAGAGCCACCUUAAAUUAUUACAUGUAAAUACGUAUUACAUGAUUUGUGGUUAUAAAGGGUGUGCCCCAAGGCAGAGAGCCAGUUAGUAUUAAGAAAUACCCUUAGUCAAUGGAUGUCAUGGCAUAAUUUUUAAAUACAUUUUGUACUAUUUUUUUCCUCCUUGUUUCCAUUUAAACAUGUUUUAUGGGUUCCUGCUUAGGCUAUAAAUAUUAACAUUAAUGUGCAAUUACUAGGCAGCUGUUGGUUAUUUAUCUAGAAAUACAUGGACUGGUUGCUGUCCCUAAUGUCAUCUUUCGUGUUUCCAAAUAUAUUAAAUGUUAAAGAAAUCUGUGCCAAAUAAGUGCAUCUUGGCAAAAUAAUUUCUUUAACAUGUGCACCUCAUCUGUGUUCAAUUAUAAAAGUGUUUUUGUAUUUAACAGCACAAAAUAUUCCUUGUGUGAAAAUAAAAGUACAGUGACUGGAGUAGUUUGCUCUGCAGAUGUAGCUGUAAUGGAGAAUAGUGGCUGUGAAUGUUGGACAAUGGAUGCUGAAAACAAGCGAUUCUUUCUACAGGGAGUUGUGUAUCUGUAGAGCGGGUAAGGAUUUGGUUAAAAAAAAAAAAAAAUCACAUCCCGAUGUGUAGCUCUGUGUGCAUGUGGGCUAGACUAUAGAUUUCUGUACGGCCCCCUUUAGACUAUCUAGAAAAGGCAAUAGUGAGCUGUAACCUGUACAAGUACUCUACAAGCUAUGUAUUUGCUCUAUACCAAACCUGUGAGGGACGCAUUUCGCUUUGUCCUGCUUUUUGUGCGUUUUUCUUUUUCCUAUGUAACUGUUCUGUCACGGGAGAAAGCAAUAUUAAAAUGUUAAUCAUCUCGCUGCGUUCCGUCAGCUAUCAAUUUCAUCACAUAGAACUGGACUUUCUUCAAGGACAAUUUUGUAUCUAGGAGUUCUUUUCCAAGGCAGAUUGCAAAAUAUGAUUCUAACGAUGACUUUCUAUAUUUUUUCUGUUACAAUAAAGAUAUUACAUUUUA